AUGGGUUAUUUCCGCCAGCAGCCGUCGAUCACCAUGGGAAAAGCAAGUUUGCUCGCCGUCGGUAUACUGGUGCUCGUUUGUGGCCUUUCUGAAUGGGUCCAUGGACAACGUGCUUCGAGGCCUAGCCUAGAAGUUGGAAGAAGGCUGCGCGAAUUUCACGUUAAACUUGCUAAAGCACCAAAUGGGCGAAAAGCUCGCAUCCCUCAGCCGUUCGAAUUUGGUUUGGGCAUUUACAAGGAGAUGGACAUCAUGGAACGAGCACCACGUCAACGGAACGGUGUUUCACUAGGAGCUUCCCCUAACUCUCGUUGGCCUAACGCUGUUGUACCGUACGUUGUUACGGGUUCUUUCACUUCUGAUCAGAUCUCCGUCAUCCAGUCGGGAAUGGCCAAUAUUGCGGCGUCUACGUGCGUGCGAUUUGUCCCUCGCACGACCGAAGAACUCUACAUUUCCAUCACUAAUGGUGCCUCUGGAUGUUGGGCAUACGUCGGUCGCAGCACGCUGAACAGCGAGAACCAGGUCAACCUCCAAAACCCGGAAUGCGUAACGAUCGGUACCGUAGUACAUGAACUGAUGCACGCGAUCGGCUUCCAUCACGAGUUCACUCGGCCUGAUCGCGAUGAGUGGGUCUCGGUCGAUCGUAUGGCUUUCGAAGCGAAAUACCAGACGGACGAGUCGUUCUUUAAGAGCAACUAUGGCAAGAUGGAUCCAAAGGACGUCGAGUUGUACGGUAGAGCUUAUGACUACGGCAGUGUUAUGCACUACUCGAAAUACGCCGCUGCGGCCGACGAAUCUCGUCCGGUCAUGAACAACCUGAAGCCAUGGACGGGUGAUUUCGGCAACGAGAACGGUCUCUCUCCAGCAGAUGUUAUCGACAUCAACUAUAUGUACUGCAAUGGUACCACCCAGGCGUAA